AUGACGCAGGUUAUGGAGGACGCUGUCUGUGAGGUUCUGUCCAGUGUGGUGGACGACGUCAAUCAUGCCGUCAGCCGAAACAUCGGCGGCGCUGAGCUUCUGCACGAGCUGCUGAGUGCGCCGUGGCUGCGCGCUCUGCUGCAGAUUUAUGAGUGCCUGGUGCAAUUCGAGAUGUCGACACCCACACCCAUCCUGCCCUACGCCUCAGGACUCUCACAUGAGAUCAUGAGUGCGAUACAGAAGGUCCACCGUCCCUCAGCUGAAGCCCGAGAGCUAUACAGCCUCCUCAGCUCUCCACACAUCCAGGCUCUCCUGUCGUCCCAGGACAGCGUGGCCCAGUCAGACUACGACCCCGUGUUGCCUCCUCUGCCUGACGACAUGCCCGAGGACGAGGAGGCCAUGAGGGUCAUCUGUCUGGUGAAGAACAAUCAGCCGCUGGGGGCCACGAUACGGAGGGACGAGGAGACGGGAGAGAUCUUUAUCGCGAGGGUGAUCCACGGAGGACUGGCCGACCGCAGCGGACUCCUCCAUCCCGGUGAUCUGCUGGUGGAGGUGAACGGGAACCCUGUGGUGGGUCUGGAACCAGAACAGCUGAUCCAGAUACUGAUUAAUUCCCAGGGAACCAUCCUGUUUAAAGUGAUUCCUGAUGCAGGUCAGAGCAGCGGCAGCCAGACAUCGGUGUUCAUGAAGGCGAUGGUGGACUACUGCCCACUGCAGGACUCCUCCAUCCCGUGUCCCGAUGCAGGGAUGGCGUUCAGCAGAGGAGACGUGCUGGAGGUUGUUGACCAAUCGGACGGACACUGGUGGCAGGCCAGGAAGCUGCCCUGCUCUGCAGCCUGCGCCGGGCUCAUUCCCUCUGCCAGCAUGCUGAAAAGUAAACUGAAGGAACAUUGGUGGUGUCAGCAAUUGCAGGGUCAUACCUGCAUCAGACCCUAUUCUGUUCCAGAGGACGAUCGAACACACGCUGAAGACAAACACACAGUCGCAGAACUGGAAGAAAUACACUUUGAUGAAGCCGACUCUGAUAUUACUGAUGGAAUCUACCUGGCUGGUUUCCGGCGGAGUUUCCGUCUCUGGCAGAGAACGUCCUUCAGGAAGCGACGGCAGUCAUGCACCUCAUGCUUGCCCAGCAGCGGCGCCCUGUCCACUCCAUACGAGGAGGUGGCUCUGUACCAGCGCCCCCCGCAGGAGAACCACCGCCUCAUCAUCCUCGUCGGUGCUGCAAAAGUUGGAGUUAACGAACUGAGGAAAAGACUCAUCAAACUGAACCCUUCGACCUUCCAGGGACCCGUACCUCACACCUCUCGUCCAAUCAGAGCAGGGGAGCAGACGGGAAGAGAGUACAACUUUGUCACCAAAGAGCUGUUUGAGUACAUGGUCUGUAACCACAGGUUUGUGGAGUACGGGGAGUAUAAGGGCCACCUGUACGGGACCAGCACUGAUGCUAUUGAUGAGGUGCUGAAACGAGGACGGAUGUGCAUCAUCGAUGUUGAACCACAUAGCAUCCAGUCGCUGCGGACGAAGAAACUGAAGCCCUACGUGAUCUUCAUCAAAGCUCUGAGUCCGGACAGACUGAGACAGACCCGGAGAGACGCCCGAACCAUCACCAACUGCACCGUCAACAGAGCAUUCACAGAGGAAGACUUUGUGGAGCUGGAGGAGGCGUCCCGGCUGAUGGAGGCCAAGUACAAACAGCUGUUCGACAGCGUGCUGGUGAACGACGACCUGCAGGACGCCUGCAUGCAGCUCUGCUCCGUCAUCCAGACGGCGCAGCACGAACCGCAGUGGAUCCCCGUCAGCUGGAGCCAGACGGACGAGUAACGAGAGGAAGGAGAGGAAGGGAAGGAGAGUAAGAGAAGGAGAGGAAGAGAAGGAGAGGAAGGGAUGAGGAUAUCAAGUCUACAAUUGAGAAUAUGUGUUGGAUGA